AUGGAAACAGCUCGUCCGAAACGUAGGACUACGGUCAACGUCAAUUACAAAGAGAAAAGUGAACUGGAUUUUGCACAGGAACAAGACAAAUCCGCAGAAGCAUCCAAGAAACAGACCAAGAAACCAGACCCGCCUCCGGUGGACCCGAUUCCUAAAACCCCAACCAAACAGAAAUUCACAGACAAAUCUUUAUAUGUUCCGGUGGACGACGUGGUACCUCUGAACUACCAGCCAAAGUGUGAUCAAGAGUUUAAUACCUUAUUAGAUCUGAAAGGAGCAAAGGUUGAAAACAACAGUCUGAUCUUGAAAAAUGGCACCAAGAUCAAAAAGGGAGACUUCAUUUACAUGGUGUGCGAACCUCCUGGAGAGCCGUUUUAUAUCGCCAUGGUGAAAGGGUUUGCCCGAAAAGAAAAGGACAAUGCCACUAAAAACCCGAAAAAUUACAAUUUCGAGGUUUGCUGGUUUUACAGACCACGCGACCUCAACAGAAGGUCUGCAGACACCCGAGUUCUGUUUGCCUCAUUGCAUAUGGACGAAUGUCCAAUCCAAAGUUUCCGGGGUUUUGCUACCGUGAAACACAAGUCUGAAAUAGAAAAUUUGGACGCCUACCGCAUGCUCCCCAAUAGCUUCUACUUUGACAAGUUUUACGACCGAUACAUGGUGAAGAUGUAUGAUGUUUUGCCCACAAAAAAGCUCACAAAUCUUCCUGCUAAUUAUUACAAAGCACUCAACAAACGGUUUGAAUAUGUGUUUUUCGAAAUCGGCAGAGGCCAGGAUCUGCUGGCCGACCCAAAGACUUGUGAAAAGUGUUUACAAUGGGCAGCAUCUUCCGACUCGGUUCAGUGUCUCAAGUGCGAAAAAAUCUACCACUUACUCUGCUUGGACCCUCCCAUCACAAAUAAGCCCAAAAGAGGGUUUGCUUGGUUCUGUGCCGCUUGUAACAAAGAUCUCGAGGAAAAGAUGUCGGAGAACAGAGCACACAUGCUCCAUAGUAGUCUUCCUUCACAGAUCGCAGCGUCGAUCAAAGAAGAAGAUUCGGAUGACAGCGAGGCGUCCUCUAAACUCCCCACACCAGUGGAAACGGAUUCUCGGUCACAAUCCACACAGCCAAGCGAUUUAGAGACUUCGACUCAGACGAUGCCCAGAUACGAAGAACUGGCCAUACGAUUUUUGGAGACGGACAAAGAAAACUCUUUCAAAAAAAGAAGAGACAUGGAAGAAUGGCCUUACCGGUAUCUUGGAGUUCAUGCCAAGUUGGAAGACGCUUUGGAUCUUCAGGAUAGGCCUUAUCCUCGAGCAGUCUCUCGAUUAGGAUCUAAACACCAAUUCACCGGUAUGGUGGACUGGUACGAUCAUCCUGUGGUAUACUACGACGGUAGUAAAUACGCAAAGUCCAAGAGCAAGAAAAAGACCUCCAAGAAGAAGUCCACGUCACCGGACGAAAAUGAACAAACCAAAUUCCCUAUGCCCGAGAAAUAUAAAGACUACGACCUAAGUGAUCUUCCUGGAUGGCUCCAGCCUAAACCCAAGGGUUACAUAGAGAGAGGAGGUGACGAAACAUGCGAGCUUUUAUGGCAGCAACCGGAGGGCCAAGAGGAAAUGGUUGAAAAGUAUCUUGAAGAUGCCAAACCAUACGUUGAGAAACUGGGAAUGAUUCCUACGACACCGAACUUUGUUGAUGCCGCAUUGAAGGCACUUAUGAAGAACAACUAUGAUCCAGAAGCUGCUCUCAAGGACGUUUCAAAGUUUACCAGAAAGUCUCUUAGAGAACCUACCUUUAGUGAAGAGGAAGUGAAGAAAUUUGAGGACUCUGUUCGCAUUAACGGAAGUGAACUGCAUCCAGUGUUUAAAGACGUUGGUACACAGACGUCAGCUAUGAUUGUUCGGUUCUACUAUUUGUGGAAAAAGACAACAAAUGGUCACUUGAUUUGGGACAAUUACCCUGGAAGACCAAAAAACAGACUAAAGAAGUUUACCAAGACAGAUGGAGUUGAUGUGAACGACCCAGAUGACGACUCUUCGUACAGCAUGGAGAAGAUCAAAAGAAACCAUGUUGAUUUUGAGUGCAAGUACUGUCACACUCACUCUUCCAAUAGAUGGUUCAAGAUUUCUGGAAGCACCCUUCCCGACUCAUACAACGACACAUUCCCUGGAUUGUGUACGAGAUGUGCACGUUUGUGGAGGGAAUAUGCUGUUGAGUGGGAAGAUCCAACUGAAGUCAUGCGCAAACAGAGUCAAAGGGGUGGAAAUGGCUGGAAACGUAAAAUGGAGUUUGAACUAUACGAGGACUCUAGAAUGAUUCUGCAAGCCAGAGAUGAGUAUCAAGCCAGACCUCGCAAGAUCACCGACGAAGACAAAAAGUUCGAGCCUUCAUUGCGUAAUAGAACAAAGGUCAAGGAAGACUCUCUGAAGACCGAGGAGCUCUCCGACGACAAGUCGAAGAAGAAAUCGUUAAAGGUAAAAAAACCAGUCAAGUCAGAAAACCAGAAAAAGACUUUAACUGUCACACUUCCAUAUAACGACGGCAAACCCGAGGAAGAGCCAGUCAAGGUCAAGAAGAGAUCAUCAGAAGAGCCUGCCGAGCGUAAGUCCAAGAAAGCGAAAACACCAACGUUUGUUCCAAGGUACGAAAGCAAGUUUGAGAUUGACGAAUUCGAGGUCGGGUCAGACAAAGAACCGGAAUCGAGCCUUUUUCGCAGCGACGCACGCCCAUGUUGUGUUUGUAGAGAGGCGUCCGAGUUUGAAGAAGUUGUCAUUUGCCAUGACUGCGGUUUGAAUGUGCACGCUUCUUGCUACGGAGUGGCACUUCCAGAAACCGAUCAGGAUCUUUCAAGUUUCAAAUGGCUUUGUGAUGCGUGUUCGAACGACCGCCAUCCUGUGCUUUCGACUCACUACCAAUGUGUGCUGUGUCCUGCCAAAGAGACAAAAUCGUUCGGGGGCCGUUCUGGCGAUCCGAACUCGAUUCCUGAUGCUUUGAAACGGACAGUCAGCGGGAACUGGUGUCAUGCGAUUUGUGCUGUGUUUGAUCCUGAUUGCGAGUUUGGAAGCAGUUCCAUGCAGCCUGUAUUUGGUGCUGAACUUUCGCUCUUAAAGCAUUCGGGCAAAAAAUGCACCAUUUGUGGCCUUGGUGGCAGUCUUACAGACUGCAGCGUGUGUGGGAAGGCCAUGCACGUGACGUGUUGCCAGGACACGCCCGGGUGCUCUGUUGGGUUCGAGCUUGUUCCGGACAAGGCGUUCAAUGCGCGGGUGAGGGACCACAACAAGCCUGCCAAGCCUGUUCCGCGGGUGAUAUGUCGCGACCACUUGAACAACAAUCUUGUUCCACUGCACAUUGGAGCGAAACUGAAGGGCAAGAGGGAGGUGCCGCUGCUCAAGCUGUUCUGCACAGAGCUGAAGAAGACCUCGUCAGUUUCGUCGGGCGAGUACUGGCACAAGCUGUACGAGGAGCUCUUGCACAUCAUUGGCGACGUGAAGCCUGUUUCUGGGCUCCCGCGGGUUGCAAAUCGACAAUGCAAGCAUUGCCGCAACACCAAAUCUCUGCAUUGGUACACUGACGACGGCGAUAUUUGUCACCAGUGCUAUGUGCGGAAACAGAACGAUGAGGGUUUAAUCGACAAUCUUCCGGACGUGCUGAGUCUCAACAAAGUUGGGCUUGACGGGUCGAAGUUUGGCAUUUCCGGGCUCGACGACCGGCUGAUCGAGCCCCGGAUGUCCAUACAAGGUAUGCUUGGUUGA